UUUCUAUAACUGCAGUGUAUAUAUAUUAUCGUGUAAUAUAAAAGAAGGUAGUAAUUGGCAAUAAUUUACUGUAAACAUAAAUGCUACAUUCCUGAAACAUUAGUAGGAUAUUGCUCAUGAUAUUACACAGAACACAUUUUUAAGAUUGCACUGGGUAAAUUAAAAUAUUACACCAAAGAAGUGCUUUAAUGAAAUACAACACAGUGGGUAGUAAUAGUAGUUUCCAGAGUUACAGAAUCCUGUCUGAGUCUUGUUUAUUACCUGGGCUGUAUUUGUGUCUCACAGGUACCUCAAGCAACAUGUAGCCCUCCCCUUGUUUAUUUCGGGGCUGUUUGAAGGAUCAAUCCCUGCUUAGACUACAAGUGUUUCAUCAGCGUUUGAUGAUCUGAGUUAAUGUGACAGCUCACUGCGGGGGCCUUCAACAUCUGCUGGGAGAUUAUAGGGUUCAACACUCAGUGCAAUUAUUAUGCCCUUUAAGCAGGCUGACCACACUGAUUCUUGGCCUGUGGAAAAAGAUGCAGCUUAUUUCUCAACAGGAUGUCUGUUUCUACAUUUCGUCAUACCUAUCGGGGCCAUAGCUGAGGAAAUCAAUGACUGUGGGUGUGCCACCCACCAUGACGCAUUUUUGUGGCGUUACAUCGGCUCAGUCAUUUUCUGGCUUUGCUGUGUUAAGGAUCCUUCUCAGGACACAAACAAGAUGAGGAAGCUAAUGUGACGUGAGGCUGUAGUUCAGACAACCUUUGGGAAAAGCACUGUUCGUGUGAGCGGACUGAGGACAAACGCUUCGUCCUGUGUAAACCCAAACAUGAGAAUCAUUCCCACGCACUGGCGAGCCUCUCUGCAGAGUUGCUGUGUCCAUUUUGUUCUGCUCCAGUUUGUAUGUAGGUCAUCGGUAGUGGACUAGGGAUGCAGCAGAAUGGCAGCUGCGUUAGAUGGUAUUUUUACUGUGUAAUCUUGGCCUUCAUAUUAGCUCUAAUUUACACCACCCUUGAUUUAAGUCCUUCUCACAUGGUAUGUGAGAAACUGUCUUAAUUAAACUGAUAUCCCAAAUCACAACACAGUAAAUAAAGACUUUCUUAGAAAGCCUCUUAGCAAAAUGUCUAUUUACCUACAGUAUGUAUCAAGAGUUAUUUGAUCAUCUUAAGUCAAGGCAGUAUUAUGUGUAUUUCCUUGUUUUUUUAGUAUAUUUGAAAUGAAUGUGGACAAACAAUAUGGUCAUGUGUCAAUAACUCUUUGGGGGUUUGAUGUCAUUUAAAAGAAAAGCACUAAAGAAUUACUACUUCCCACAUGUAGCUAAAUCUUUCAUUACCUGCCUUAUUCAUAAAUUGUGACUUAUUAUCUGUUUAUGGUUGUGAUACACCAUAUGUUUGAAUGUUUGAAUAUCUGUUUGUAUAACUUGUAUAUAGGCCAGCACUAUGCAAAAACACUGGACCUUUGAAUAAGUCAUCCACAGAAUAUCAACUCAGUAUCACCUCUGGAGGUCAGUGUGUUCAUGGUGAGUCCCUAUCAGUUCUGUUUUUUUCCUCUCAAUCAAGAAAAUCUCAGUGUCUGCAAUCCAGUUGAAAAUCUUUAGACCAGAGCCGGUUCAGGUUUCUGUACACAAAAUCCCUCCAAGCUUCACUGUCAACUGAAGCAGAGCCAAUCACAAGAAGCCCUCAGUUCCUGUCCUCUAAAUGCAAACAGGGGACGCGCCACAGUCUGCCUCUAUCAUGACACCCAGUGGUACCCAGUCAGUGAUGAAGGGAGGCUCUGGAAAGACAAAAAAGUCUUUCUUUCAGUCAUGCAGCAACAUGUCCUACUCACUUAACACCUUUUCAUGAUUGGAAAACUGUAAGAACCACACAACUUUAUACCCUACACCCUAUUAGCAAUCCAACAUCAAACACAUUUUGCAGACAAGUAAAAAAAAACAAAAAACAAAAAUGCUACACAAUUGCAACCAAAGCCUGAAAACCUUGAUCAAGCUAACUGAAGCUUAGGAAAUUGUGCCCUGAGAAACAGUAUUACAGCAAUAUCAUGUAUUUUCUACAAGUCUUAACUAGCUUUAGUGAAAAUAACAUAAUCUUUUUACUGACCAGUCAUUGACAGUGGGCAGGUUACUGAGUUAAAAGCUGGUUAUCCAAAAAUGUAUUUUUGUAUUUUCAUUUUCAUGAGAGCUUUGACUCGGUCGUAAGUCUGGCCUGUGCGUUCUCUUUAAAUGAUUGACCGAAUAAUAGAGUGUCCCGGUUUCCCCAAUGAUGGGUAGUAAUCAAUAAGUUUAUCCAGAGCAAACAUCUGCUGGGACUAACUGCACUCCACCAGGACACGGUUCUUUUUAUUUCAUCUUUCAGAAAGAUACGUUGAUAAUUCAUCCUUUCGACGCAUCAACAAAACCUGCAAAUAAACUCAACCAUCUGCUCACUCAUCAACAGAAUCACAGCAGCGGUCACAUGUUUCUGCCCGUGACAACAGAAACCAGGAGGGAAGAAACCAUCUGAAAAGCGAGCCAUGGCAGCUGAUCUAGAUGUGAUCAACCUGUUCAUCAUUGCUGGAGGAACACUGGCUAUUCCCAUUCUGGCCUUUGUUGCCUCCGUCCUCCUCUGGCCCUCUGCACUGAUUAAAGUGUAUUACUGGUACUGGAGGAGGACUCUGGGCCUGCAGGUGCGCUAUGCAGACUGCGGAGGCUAUCGCUUCUGCUACUCCUACAGAGGAAAGCCCGGGAUGAGACCUUCCAUUUUAAUGCUGCACGGCUUCUCUGCUCACAAGGACACCUGGCUCACUGUCGUCAAGUAUCUACCAAAGCAUCUGCACAUUGUGUGUGUGGACAUGCCCGGCCAUGAGGGAACAACACGCACCAACACAGAGGAUUAUUCUAUCCAGGGGCAAGUCAGGAGGAUCCAUCAGUUUGUUGAAGCCAUUCGCUUAAACAGGAAGCCUUUCCAUCUGGUUGGAACCUCCAUGGGGGGAAAUGUAGCCGGAGUCUACGCAGCCUGCUUCCCCUCAGAGAUCUGCAGCAUGACUCUCAUCUGUCCAGAUGGUAUAAGACACCCUUGCGAGACCAAGUUUGACAAUCAUCUGCAGGACCUGGAGCACAGCAAUUACACAUUAAACAUCCCACUGAUCCCGACGACACCCGAGGAGAUGGAGGACAUGUUCAGACUUUGCUCUCACGUUCGCUUUAAAAUCCCCCAGCAGAUUCUUCAAGGACUGGUAGAUGUCCGGGAGCCUCACAACACAUUUUACCAAGAAGUGUUUAUGGAGCUUGUUGGAGAGAAAUCACGAUAUGCCUUACAGGAGCACCUGCAUCUCAUCACUGCGCCUUUACAAGUGAUAUGGGGCAAACAAGAUCAGGUGAUGGAUGUCUCUGGAGCCACAGUGAUUUCAGAGAUUCUGCCUGGAUGCAGGAUGGACCUGCUGGAAAACUGUGGACACUCUGUGGCGAUGGAGAGGCCCUGUCGGACAGCCAAACUCAUCCUGGAGUUCAUCAUCGUGCAGCAAGAGGCCAGGGGUGGCACAAAGAAAUCCUCCUGAACCCAAAGACUAGUCAUCAUGUCUCUCUACUGCAAUGAAUUACGCGUUCCCUGUACGUGACAUGCAUAUGUAACACAGACUCCCGAGCCUCAGACAUUAACAGGAAGAUAAUAUAGUGUCCCAGCAUUUCUUAGAGGGUGAUAUAAAUUGCAUUUCACUUGCAUAAUAAAUCAUGAUAGUAAAAAAAAAAAAGCUCCAUG